GUAAUGGAGGAAAGAUGGACGCCUUGACGUUUGGCUCUCACAGGCUAGUUCACUUAGAUCUCAAGGGUGCUCCGCCGCGAGUCUGUUAUUUCGAAAAGUUGUUCCCAUUAUUAAGAACAUGGGGUGCCACUGGACUCUUAUUGGAAUGGGAAGAUACAUUCCCAUACAAUCGGGAACUUUCACAUAUAGGAAGCAAUGGAUUGAGCAAUUUAAUCAGUGGAUAUACAAUUCAAGAGGCCAGGCAUAUCUUACAAAUUGCAGGAGAUUGUGGUUUAGCAGUUGUACCCUUAGUACAAACAUUUGGUCAUAUGGAGUUUGUUUUGAAGCAUGAUGAAUGGAGGUCUUUGAGGGAAGUAGAGCACUUUCCAAGCUCAAUUUGUCCAUCUAAUCCAAGAACAUUGCCUUUGGUAAAAUCCUUGAUUCGACAAAUAGUUAGUUUCCAUCCAGAUAUACAAUAUUUGCACAUAGGUGCAGAUGAAGUGUGGCAUUUAGGUCUUUGCUCAGUUUGUAUAAAACGUGCUGCAUCUAGCAAAUAUGGAAAACCAUCUCUGUACCUGGAACAUGUUUUGACUAUUGCACAAUAUGUACAAGAAACAUAUCCCUACUUAAAGAUUAUUAUAUGGGAUGAUAUGUUAAGAUCAAUAGAUGUACAGGUUUUGAAUGAUCAUUACAUUGGGAAGUAUGUAGAACCUAUGAUCUGGCAUUAUAAUCCUAGAGAUAAUUUUGCUUUACCUCAUGAACUGUGGGAUAAGUACACUGCAGUUUUCCCCCAUAUUUGGGCAGCUACUGCAUUUAAAGGUGCUACUGGAUCUUCUCAACAUGUACCAAUCAUAAGGCACCAUAUAAGCAAUCAUGAAAAAUGGUUAGAAGAAUUAAGUAUACAUGCGAAUAAAGUCCAUGAAUUUCGGGGAACAGUCUUUACUGGUUGGUCAAGGUAUGAUCAUUAUGCAACAUUAUGUGAAUUAUUGCCUACUGCAAUACCAUCAUUAGCAUUAUGCUUAAAAGUUUGGCUUCAUGGUUAUUCUGAACAAGUUCAUAACCAAGUAGCUAAGACUUUAGGGUAUAUAGAUCAUCCUCUUCAUAUAACACCACAACCUAGACCAGCACCAAUACCUAGCAACUUACGUUUCCCUGGGUGGCCAGUUGCAGUAGGAGUAGAAUGGUUUUUAAAUUUUAGAACUAAAUUUCAUAAUAUUGUUUCUAGUGAGCAAAUAUCCACUUGGAUGAAUCCAUGGCAAGUCGCAAAUAAUUACACAAAUCCUAUGCAAUUAGAAAAUUUAGUACCCGCUUUUACGGAGCUAUUGCUAGAAUUAUCUUCUUUAGAAGGAUAUUUAAAAUUUCAAAUGGAAAGUAUUUUCUUUCCAUCAAUGAUAGAUGAAUGGAUAGGUACAAAUAUUCAGCCCAUGAAAGGGAAACUUAUGGAAUUAAAACAAACCACAGAGAAUCAAAUUAAAUUAAAUAGUCGAGUUUAG